CGAGAUGGAUCGCCGGGGGAGCGGUGACCGGCAGCUUCUGCUAUGGUUCUUCGCCGUGGCCACAGCCGUGAAACUCCUUCUCAUCCCGUCGUACAGAAGCACUGAUUUCGAGGUUCACCGUAACUGGCUAGCUAUCACACACUCUCUUCCUCUCUCCAAAUGGUACUUCGACGAGACCAGCCCAUGGACACUCGAUUAUCCUCCGUUUUUCGCCUACUUCGAACGUUUCCUAUCGGUUUUCGCGGGUCUCGUCGAUACAAGGAUCGUAGAUCUUCAAUCAGGACUCGAUUACAGUGCCGAAUCUGUAAUUUACUUCCAACGUAUCAGCGUGAUCGUCUCCGAUCUCUGUCUUCUCUUCGGUCUUUACAGAUUGACUCGAAAUCUGGAACCGAUAAAGCGAAAUCUGAUCUGCGCAUUGGUGAUUUGGUCUCCGGGGCUAUUGAUCGUAGAUCACAUUCAUUUUCAGUAUAAUGGAUUUCUAUUGGGUUGGUUGUUGCUUUCGAUUUCUUUUCUGCAAGAUGGUAGAGAUCUGUUGGGUGGGUUUUUGUUCGCCGUUCUUCUAUGCUUCAAGCAUUUGUUCGCCGUCGCUGCUCCGGUUUAUUUCGUUUAUCUCCUCAGGCAUUAUUGCUGGUCCGGUUUAGCUACCGGUUUCCGACGGCUUGUGACUAUUGGCGCGGUGGUUGUUGCGGUUUUUGCCGUUGCUUAUGGACCAUUUAUCUACCAUGGACAGAUACAGCAAGUCAUAAAGCGAAUGUUUCCUUUCGGGAGAGGAUUGUGCCAUGCAUACUGGGCACCUAAUUUUUGGGUUUUCUAUAUAAUACUGGACAAAGGGCUUGCCUUUUUACUACGAAAGCUCGGAUUCGAUAUUCAGAUUCCUUUCGCUUCUUUCACUGGCGGACUAGUUGGAGAAUCGUCGCCUUUUGCAGUUUUCCCUCAGAUCACACCAUUGACAACAUUUGCAAUGGUAUUGCUUGCUAUUACUCCUUGUCUCCUCAAGGCCUGGCAAAAACCACAGCCCGGGGUUGUUGCUAGAUGGAUAGCUUAUGCAUAUACAUGCGGUUUUCUCUUUGGAUGGCAUGUCCAUGAGAAAGCAUCCCUCCACUUCACCAUCCCACUUGCAAUCGUUGCGGUACAGAGUCUAGAAGAUGCUAAACACUACUUUCUGGUCUCCAUAGUUUCUUGUUAUUCUCUCUUUCCACUCUUAUACGAGCCGCAGGAGUACCCGAUCAAGGUUCUGUUGCUGUUACUGCACUCCAUGGUGAUGUGGCUCGGCUUUGCGGCUCAACACGGGGACGAGAAGGCAUUGAAGAAGAAGAAGACUGGUGAUAUCAAGAGCAAGUUUGGAAUUGGAUGUUUUGAGAAGAGCUAUCUAAUGGGUUUGGUAAUAGUAGAAACGGUGUCUCAAUUCUUGCAUCCGUAUUUUCUAGGUGACAAAUUUGCAUUUAUGCCUUUAAUGUUGAUCUCAACGUAUUGUGCCGUUGGUAUUAUGUACUCUUGGAUUUGGCAGCUCCGGAGGAUCCUGACAUAACAUAUAGAUUCUUGUUCUUGUAACUUGAGGUAUUUUGUUUUUAUACGGUUUUUAAACAUACACAUACUAA